AUGCCUCAAAGAAUAAGCCCUACCAAACAGGCCCAAUGGCCCCCGCGAUCACCCCACGAUGUUCUGAUCGGCACUCCAGGCGGUCGCGAGCGCUUACGUCGCAUGGCCGAACGGACUUCUCCAUCCCCUUCGCCUCUGAAGAAGUCAAGAUCCAUAUCAGUCCUCAACGUCCGCCAUCGGGAUGGAGACCAUGAUGCCGAAGACGGGGAAGAUGAGGAAGAAGACGAGGAGACAUUACAGCUGAAGCUGCAGGCCAUCGAGGCGAAACUCAAGUUGAAGGCUCUCCAGAAGAAACAGAAGAAAGCCGUAGGGGGUUCAUCAGACGCCGAGAACGGCUCGACACACAACAACAGACCGGGCUCGACCGUGCCCGACGUCCUGGCUGCCAGCCGAGCCCAAUCUCGCGCAGCAAUGCUUGCGGAGGGCCCGAGGAUACGACCACAAUCUCAGACGGAAGUACAAGUCCCCGCGUCACCAGUGCGAAGGGCACAGACAGUAUCCGAGCAAAAAUCGCCUAGCCGAGUCUUGUUGGGCAUCGACAAGGGCCUCAAAGCCAGUGACGUCUCCUUGAAGCGAGCACCAAGUUUGCGCAGACCUACCGAGACUCGCAACGGGCAAACCGGGGGCUAUCUACGACGUGCCCGCACACCAGCCCCCGGUAGCCAGGAUGCCUCGUCUUCCUUCGAGCAGGACCGACCCAUGACCUUCAGCGAGCGACUGGCUGCCGCUAGAACAGAGGAGACAAGUCGAAAGGAUAAACAGCAGAGGAUACAAAAGGUCAGGAGUAAGACCUUUGAGGUCGGUCAGGACGAAGUGGAAAGAUACAAAGAAAGAGCAACCGAGAUACCCAAUGUGCUCCAAGAACCAGAGACAUUUAGCCGUGAGGAUGUUGUGGCGGGUAAUGGCAUACGAAAGCGCAGAGAUGGCGGAACACAGGACCCGGAGGCAAACUCGUCAGCAGACUUCGAGUCAGCCUUGCGCAAGAAGAGAGUUGCACCGUCAGAAGUCCCUGAAGAUGAAGCAACAUCCUUCGAGCCCUACUCCAGCACCCAUCUUUCCAAGAGAAUACUACCGCAUAACCUCCUCACGCGAACAUUUAGUACUCGAAAGACUCUGCUCAUCAAAGACUUGCUGAGAGAUGUCAUAGCGCCCGAUUUCCAGCUUCCCGAAGUGGAGCAAGACAUCGUGGUUUUAGGGAUCGUGGCAUCCAAGUCCGAACCCAAAACUCACAAGCCUAUGCCGGGUACCGAACUACGAGAGAAGAAAUCCAAAUUCGCCGAAGAGGAGGACCGUGGCAAGUAUAUGGUUAUCACUCUGGUUGAUCUCACAUGGCAAAUCGAAUUGUUUCUCUUCAACACUGCCUUCUCUCGAUAUUGGAAGCUACAACCCGGCACGCUGAUCGCGAUACUCAACCCCACCGUCAUGCCACCCCCUAAGGGCCGCGAAGCAACAAACAAGUUCAGUCUGGUCAUCAACAGCGACGGUGACGCCAUACUCGAGAUAGGCACAGCCAGAGAUCUGGGCUACUGCAAAUCGGUCAAGAAAGACGGCAACCUCUGUAACUCUUGGGUCAACAAGAAGCGCACCGAAUUCUGCGAGUUCCAUAUGAACCUUGCACUAGAGAAACAUCGACUCCUUCGACAAGACGUGAAUGCCUUUGGAGGCGGCUUCGGUGCUAACAACAAGAAGCAUCUGAGGGAGAAAUACAAUCGCGGCAAGAAGGAUGAAGUGGAUCGUAAACAUGGUCGGUAUGACCGCGAUACCCAUAGUCACUUCUUUGUGAGCAAGGCCAGUGCGGCGACACUGCUCGAUGGCGAUCACAUGCUACCUGGCCAGGUCGCUGACAGGGUCGAAAGAGGUGAAGCAAUACGGAGGCGGCUGGCGAGCCAGGAGAAGGAAAGAGAGAUCAUGAAGCAGCUCGGCAGUGCGGGCCGAGGUGCGGGCAGAGAUUACAUGAAUCUAUCCCGGGCAAAGCUAGGAGCCGAUGCGUUAGGUACCAUGCCGGGUACUCCGAACGAUCUUCCCGGCGACGAACGCGCCAAACCCAUGGAUGCGAAAAGUCUUGGGAUAGGGCAGGGUACAAGCACCAAAAUCUCACUCAGUCCCAUCAAACGGAAGAGAGAGAAUUCAACUGUCAACCACCCCGCAUCGUCCAUGUUGAGUUCGAACUCGAGAUCUUUUGGCUGGGGUGGUGGUUUGCGGGACAAGUUGUCGAAAAUGAAAGAUGGCGAAAGCCUGAACGACAAGAAAACUGUCGAUGCGACACGGAGUAUUAUAGCAACCAAGAAACUGGACAGCGCAACAGCAGCAGACCAACCGGCCCGUAAGAAGACACGUUUCGUCACCGAAAAGGGCAUUCGAGAAGCUGGCAGGGAGAGUCUAGGUACAGAGCUUGGGAAGAGAUUUCCCAUGAUAGGGUUGGAUAGUGACGAUGAACUGGAGAUCCUCAUGUGA